ACCAUAGAGGAAUAGGAAUUGUGUGGAGGAUGAGGUUAAUCAUGUCUUCUCACAAAUUUUCCGCUCAGCAUAUGAUUUGUUUGGAAAGUGGGAUUUUGAUUUGGAUCAUGCAUAUAUGUUUCUCUAAUUAAUUACUUGUUGAUUUUGUAAAACAUUAAUGUUUGACUUUAGUUUCCAUGUUUGACAAUCUUCAACCUAUCUAGUUAUUACAUGAGUCCUGUUGUUGCCAGCCGUCAUUAAUUUUGGCUAAGUUGGAUUUCACAAUCAAUUUAGCGAAUUUGUCUACGUGUCCCUCUUACGUGCAAAUCAACAUGCAAUUAACCUUAGAUUAUCAUAUUCAUUAAUGAAGAAAUUUGGUGGAUGAAGUGAUAGACCACCACUAUCUUCAACAAAGUUAAAAAAAGGUUUGCCGAUUCAUAUGUGGACCAACUUUAUGUAUAUACAUCUUAUCAUGCAUGUGUGUAUAUAUAAAUGUAUCUCCAGCUAGCCUUGUAGCAAGCUAAGUGAUCUCUCUUGAAGUAGUUGGUCAUUGUAUAUACAUAAUGGUGUUGAACUUAGUGAAGAUGAUAACGAUGGCUAAUAUGCUAAGUAUGUUUAUAUUAAUGGAGGUUGUGGCGGGUGGGUUUCGAUUUGGAGUUGAUGGUCUUCGCAUGGACUACUACAUAAUGAGUUGCCCAUUUGCUGAAUCCAUAGUGAAGAGCACUGUUAAUAGAGCUUUGCAAGAUGAUCCAACGUUGGCAGCAGCUUUGGUUAGGAUGCAUUUCCAUGAUUGCUUCAUUGAGGGAUGUGAUGGCUCCAUUCUGAUUGACUCGACCAAGGAUAACACAGCAGAAAAAGACUCACCUGGAAACUUGAGCUUGCGAGGCUAUGAAGUUAUUGAUGACGCAAAGGAGCAGCUGGAAGAUCAGUGCCCUGGCAUUGUCUCCUGUGCUGAUAUUGUUGCAAUGGCUGCCAGAGAUGCCAUUUUCUGGUCAGGGGGACCUGUGUAUGAUAUACCAAAAGGAAGAAAAGAUGGAAGGAGGUCCAAGAUAGAAGACACCAUAAACCUGCCAUUCCCCACCUUCAACACCUCAGAGCUCAUCAGCGCCUUCGGCAAGCGAGGUUUCACUGCUCAAGAAAUGGUUGCUUUAUCUGGGGCACAUACGUUAGGAGUGGCAAGGUGUUCGUCCUUCAAAAACAGAUUGAGUAACGCAGAUGCUACCCUGGAUUCGGAAUUCGCCAAGACGUUGUCCAAGACAUGCAGUGCCGGCGACAACGCGGAGCAACCGUUCGAUGCCACGCAAAACACCUUCGACAACUUCUACUUCAACGCAUUGAUAAGGAAAAGUGGGGUUCUUUUCUCCGAUCAAGUACUGUAUACGACGCCGAGAACAAGAAACAUUGUGUAUGGUUACGCCAUGAACCAAGCUAUGUUUUUCUUUGAUUUCCAGCAGGCAAUGGUGAAAAUGGGGAAGGUUGAUGUUAAGGAAGGAUCUAAUGGGGAAGUUCGACAGAAUUGCCGCAAAAUUAAUUGAAGUUUAUUAUACUAGUUUGAGUUCUACAGCUUGAUUUUCUGUAAUCUAAAUUGUAUCAACCACAAAUUCUGCCAUUUCUAUGUUUAUGGUUACAUAAAAAUUAAAUAAUCCAUAAAUUACUUUACCUA